UAUAUUUAUAAAAAUAACCCCACCCUGUUCAACAGUACUCAGAUCUCAACCAUUCCAUUUCUUCGCGAUUCAACGUCUCUCCCAUAAGAGUUCGGUUCAAGGUUUUGAUUCAGAGGCCCUUUUCUUGUUCUCUUUCUAAACGAGACAAAUCCACAUGAGCGGAAUGAAUUGAAUUAUUAAGAAGACCUGGUCUUUCCAAUGAAAGAGAGGUUUUUCAGUUGUCUACUGCCAGAAUUCCAGAAUUCUGGAAUUGAUGCGCGUCUGUAAAUUGUAAUAGAUUUUCCUAAAGCUCAAGUGCUCCUCGGAUAUUAGAGGUGCCAGAUAGGAAAGGAGUGCUGGGUUGCAGGGGGGCCUAGCGUGGAUUAUGCUGCAGGAAUAACAGACAUAAUUCUCUCUUUUACUUCUUAAAUGUGAUGACGAUAGGCAAGAGUCCAUAUUUCAUAUUCUUCUUAGCCGUGAUUCUGGGGUCCUUGAAGCUUGUUUUUUGCUCCUCCUUCAUCUGUUUGUAGCCAGUCUGGCAGUUUGACAUUCCCUUUUCUCUUGUCAUUUGAUGAUUGCCACUAACUUAACGAGUAAAUAGCUAUGGAACAUAAUUUCUUUGAGCCCGAGUUACAUAUUGAAUCAACUGGAGAUGUUUCUUUUCAUCAGACAUGGAAAUCCAUUUCUGCCCCAACAUCAAUCUCAGACGGUGAAAAUGGCUGCUUUGAUUGCAACAUAUGCUUAGAUUCAGCACAUGAACCUGUGGUCACUCUCUGCGGUCACUUGUACUGCUGGCCAUGCAUUUACAAGUGGCUUUAUGUACAAAUCUCCGCGGAUGACCCAGAGCCGCAACAGAAGUGCCCCGUUUGUAAAGCUAACAUCUCACAGACAUCGUUGGUCCCCCUGUAUGGCCGGGGUACCUCACUUCCAGAUUCUACUGGCAAGAAACCCAACUCGGGCCUUGUCAUACCCCACAGACCAGCUCCUUGCGGAUUGAACACUCUUACUUCUGCUACAAACUCUAAUUUGGAUUCCAGCCAGCAACUUCACCCAAAUUAUUUUCAGUCACAGUCACAGUCAUUUGAUCACCAGCAAUAUUUUCCUCACAUGUAUGGAGGUUCAGCUGCAGAUGCAUCAACUUUUCUUGGGGGUGAAGCGAUGGCUGGUUUAUUUAGUCCAACAAUUGGCAUGUUUGGGGAGAUGGUAUACGCGAGGAUGUUUGGGAGCUCAAAUACAACUGUGUACCCUUAUCGUUAUCCAGGUUCCUAUCCUCGCACAGGGAUUAGCAGUACUAGGAUGAGAAGGCAGGAAAUGCAGCUUGACAAGUCUCUUAAUCGACUUUCCAUUUUUUUCUUCUGUUUCAUAUUUUUGUGUUUUCUUCUUUUCUGAUGACGUUUGCGUUCUGGCUUUGCCCUUUAUCGUCGCCGGAAGAUGUAACAAUUUGUGCAGUAGAUCACAUAAAUACUUGUAUCGAUUUUGCAACAAUUCCACUAUUUUUUUUUUUUUUGGUGUA